AUGUCGCAGACGACUGCUGGAUCGGCCGUCGCUGCGACCAGCCGCAUCAGCUUUCUCUUUCACAGAAUUGGCGAAGUCUCCUCGGACCGCGGUGAAACCGCACUAAAGAGCAGGGAGCACACGACAUCCGCGAGCAUCACGAGCUGGACGAGCAUCAAAGAGAAGGUUCUCGACCUCAACGACCCGACCGCCUUCCCUGCGUUUGGCAAGAGCGGCGGCGUGGAGAGCAGCCGCGAAGCCGCCGCCGACGAGAAGCUGGCGCUGGGGACCGGUUUCAUGGAGUACCGCUACCAGGAGCUCGUGGGCGGCAUGGCUGCUGGGCUAGUGCAGGACGCGCUGCUCCACCCGCUUGACGUCCUGCGCGCGCGGCUUGACACCGGUGUCAGCAGCGCCACGGCCCGCAGCGCUGCCAACCCGGCCACAGCGCUAUGGUGCGAAGCGCAGUCAGUCGCUGCGGUCGACGGCAUGCGCGGGCUCUAUCGAGGCUACACGCUGUGCCUGGCCGCGUCCGCGCCGGCGAAUGCGCUUUAUUUCGGUUCAUUCAAGGCGAGCCAACGCGCACUGGGGGACACCUCGGUGCCAGCGGCGGGGCGAGAUUUUAUCGCCGGGCUUUCCGCCGAGUGCGUCGCCAGUCUCCUGUGGACGCCGCUCGACGUGCUGAAGCAGCGCAUGCAGGUCGGCCCAACCGACCUGGGCACGCUGGGCGCGACGCGCGACGCCUGCCGCGUGGGUGUGGUGGGGCUGUGGCGUGGCUAUUUUGCCGGGCUGGCCGUGUGGGGGCCAUUCUCGGCGUCGUACUUUGCAAUGUACGAGGGGCUGCGACGGGCGAUGGGCAGCGGCGACGGCGCGACCGAGGCCUCCGCCAGGCAGAGCAUACCCGCAGGGCUCGGCGCCGGCGCGGCGGCGGCGCUGCUGACGCAGCCGCUCGACUGCGCAAAGACGCGCAUCCAGGUGGGGGCGGUGCCGCGCAACCUCGGCUUGCUGAGCGUGAUGCGGCGGGUGUACGUGCAGGAGGGGGCGGAGUCGCUCUGGCGAGGCGGCGCCGCGCGCACGCUCUGGCUGACGCCCGGCUGCGCGAUCACCAUCACCGUCUUCGAGGCCGUCGAGCGCCUGCUGCGCUGA